GCGGAAAUCAAGAAGGCCAUAAACGAGCCCUACAAUAUUGUAGGGCGGCUUUAUGGCCUCCUUGAUUGUCAUAGUUUUCUACUUCUCCGUGUCAGAACUCUAUUUUGAGGUUAUGAAAGAAACAUCUAUUUGCAUCAAAUUGUGCUUGCUUUUGAGUUAUAUCAGCCUGAAAUUUCCUACAAUUUAAAAAGAAAACAUAUCUUCAUAAUAGGAGAGCGCUGACGCUGACACGCGACAAGUGUAAUCUAGAAAUUUUUGAAGGAAAGAAAGGAGUAUGACAAUCAAGGAGGCCAUAAACGCGCCCUACAAUUGUAGGGACGACUGACGAUAUGGGCCUAAUGCCGGCCACAGACUAUCAGGUACACCAGACAGGUACGCCUGAACAGUUACUCCUGUCAGGUGUACCUUAUAGUGUGUGGCGGGAAUAUCUAGCCUUUCAGGCGACCUGACAACUGAUGAAAAUUCGAUCAGUUCUGUUUGACAGGCGAGUAGACUUGACGUGUGUGUGGCGGUGUAACCUGAACAGGUAGAUACUGAAAAAUGUCGCAACGGAAUAAUGAAGUUCUUGGUGAUUUUAUUGAAAUUUAUAAAAGUGAGCCUUGCUUGUGGAAAGUGAAAGAUAAUGACUAUCGCAAUAGAGACCAGAGAUAUGCUGCAUACAGAAAAUUAGUGAACAAAUUGAAGUAAAUAGAGCCUGAUGCAAACGAGACCUUGGUUAAAAAAAAAACCAACAGUUUGAGAUCCAAUGUUCGAAAGGAGCAGAAGAAAAUUGACUCCUCAAUGAAAUCUGGCGCCUCAGCAGAUAAUGUAUACAAACCUUCUCUUUGGUAUUUCGUAUUUUUUGAUUUCAUAAAGGACCAAGAUAAUCCUAGAUCAUCGGUCUCAAAUUUAUUUCCUGAAAGGGACAAUGAUGAGGUGAACAUUGAUGACCCAUCUCCAGAGGAAAACCAGUUGACACCCACUGUCUCUCAAGAAGAGCGGCGGGAAUCGAAUCAACCUGCGGCGUUGGCUGGGAUUUCACGACCUGGGCCCAGUAUAAAGAGGAAAUCUAAUGAUGACAUAUCAGCUGAGAUAUUGUCUACUGUUCGCGAUCAUUUCAAACGACCGCAACCACAAAUCGACUGUUGCGAGCUCUUGGGGCGAACAGUAGCUAUAAAAAUGAGGGGCAUAAAAGAUAAACGCCUGCACAUCAUGUUCGAAAAAAAAAUUAACGACAUAUUAUAUGAAGCAGAAAUGUGCGCUAUUAACUACCCAAAUUCCACUUUCACAAGUCCACAACAUUACACACCAUCUCCCACACCAAUUCCACAACAUUACACACCAUCUACCACACCAAGAACAAAACCCAACUUCUCACAACAAUACACAAUACAGAAACAGCAUCAAGUUUUUUGUCAAAUUUCACUGAAACUUUUGAAUGAGUAAAUAUGAAAAUAAAAAGUUUGUUUAAAUAUAUUAAAAGUUUACUUUCCACUUU